UCUACAUUUCGCAAGUCCAAAGAAAUCGAACCAACUUCUGUUGUAGCCUCGAGACACCCACGUUGGAAAACGACAUCACUCUGACCAUAAUCCUUAUAUAUCAGGACUGACGACGCUUCUGGCCGAAUAAUUCGACAGCUCUUGAGAACAGGUUGUGGACAAGGCUGAGACUAUCAAGGCUGAACUCUUCGACGCUCAACCGCGCGAAGAACAUCCUGCCUCCUUGAGCACGAAUACAAGAGGUCCCAUUCAAUCAUUCUCGAAGUCUCCUUGCUGCAAGUACAUUUGUCGUGACGGAAGCAAAGACCCAUCGCUGAGUCCAAGAUGUCAGACUCCCGACUCUACACUUUCUCGCAAGAGACGAAAGAGCAACUCCGCAAAUUCCGCCUAGGCACAUCACGGGCGAAAACGCCCAUGGCCAAAAUAUACCAAAUCGACAUCAAAACCCAAGAAAUCAAACCCUCCUCCGACGAGACGUACACCGAUGUCCUCGAGUUGGCAGACGAUCUACCGGACUCGUCACCGCGAUUUGUCUUGCUGAGUUACCCUCUGACUUUGCCCUCAGGACGCUUGUCCGUACCGUACGUGUUGCUGUACUACCUGCCCGUCAACUGCAAUCCGAACAUGCGCAUGAGUUAUGCCGGUGCGGUCGAGUUGAUGCGGAGUACGGCUGAGGUCAAUCGCGUGCUGGAAAUCCAGGAGAGCGAGGACUUGGAAAGCAUCGAGGAGAAAUUGAAGGGAGAGGAUUAGAGAUCCCAGUGCUAUGAUUGAAAAGGGCAUCUUGCAUGUUCGAGGUCGAUGGUUAUGACCCCAGGUCAAGCACGGCAUCAUGCACAGAUAGGCGAGUACAUAACAGGUAGAUAGGUUGUUCACGACGAGAAGAAAAUUUCUACGAAGCACGAUUGGUAGGACA